AUGGGAGGCAACUUCCGAGAUGACAAGCGACAGCCCAGAGAACGUGACGACGCUGCUCGGGAUCGCCCUGCACGAAGCUUUGACACUUUCGCCAGAGACGGAGACGAUGAGGGUAGAUCUCGAAACGGAACGAACAGGAACAAAACUGAGCCGUGGUACAAGAACGAGUCUAACGCAGUCACCACUCCGGCUGUUGAAACUACUACCACCCCCGACAAGCGUGAACGAAUUGAUCGCGCGAAGAGCUGGAGAGACCGCGAUGCGAUCGCUGAUACUCCUGAUGAUCGUCAUAAUAACAACAAUAACAACAACAAUCGCACCCAUGAUCGACGAUGGGGACGAGACCGCGAUCAACGAGUCGAGCGUGAGCCUGAAUGGCUAGACGAACCUCUUGAGGAGCAUCCCGAAGCUCACACGCAGCAAGAUUUCCAGAAGUGGAUGGAAGAGAUGAAGAAGGCCAAGGCUGGAAUCCCUGCUGCUCCUGGUAAAUCCGCGAAUGUCGAGGCAGCUGAAGCCAUCAUCGAGGCUGGAAAGCCCCCUGUGCAAUCUGCCCCAGCGGUUCAAGCUGGACCUGAUAAGUUCUUCAUGGCGUUUGGAUCGAAUGCUGGUCUGGAUGCUCCUCUCGCUGAAGAGACCAAGGAACCUGUCAACAAACCAAAGGCAGCUGGCAAAUCUUCCAGGUUUACGUCUUUCUUUUCGCAACCCCAGGAGGAGCCUCGAGGCAAAACGGAACCUCCAACUCCUAUGACGGGACCUCCUGUCAACAGUAGUAUGCCUUUGCCUCUCCCCUUUGCUGGCGGCCCAGCUCCUCCAGCAGGCGGCGAAGAUGAGCGACAAGCUUUCCAGCAACUGCUGGCAAAGCUACAGAAGCAGACGAUGAGCGCUACACCACCAGGACUGCCCGCGUUUGCUGCCCCUCAAGGUACGCCGCCAAAUGCUGGCAGGCCGAACGCCAUUACCUCUCCCGAAUCUCCUUUCCAGCAGUAUGGACCUGAUCGACGAAUGGACGGUCCUAUUGGCCGAGUCCCGCCUCAGCAUGUUCAAGAGAUUCUUGCACCUCGACCCCAGCCACAAGCUGCUCGCCCCGAGCAACUUCUUCAGGAUCUCGUUGGCCAGCGCCAGCGAGCUCCCAGUCAAGGUUCUGGACGUCCUGAUGCCGCUCGUAACAACAGUAACACUGAGUUCUUGAUGAAUCUCAUGAGAGCACCUCCCGACGCCCAGCGCAAUGAAUUGUUGAUGCGCAUGGGCCCACAGCAGCAGAAGCCACCACAGAUGCCUCAGGAGCCCGAUUUCCCCAGAGACGAUCGUGGUCCUCAACGUCAAAUGCGCCAACCACCCCCUGGUUUUCCCAUGGAAGAACGAUUCCACAACCCUCCUGACGCUGAUGUUCGACCCAACCAGCCUACACAGAUCCUGCAACGCCCACCUCCACCUCCUGGUCUGGACCAUCAGAUGCCUCCCAGCUGGAUGCCUGGUGGCCAAAUGCCUCCUCCUCAGCAACGAGGUCCUAUGAUCCCUCCCCCAGGACUUCCUGCUGGUCUCGGUGGCCCUGGCGGCCCUGGACCCAACCGUAACAUGCCCAUGCCUCACAUGUUUCCUCCCAACUUCCCUCCUGGCGUGAUGCCUCCUCUCGAUGCCUUGGGUGGCCCUCCUCCUCGAAACAUGCCUCCCCCUGCCUUCUACGGCGGCCUUCCUCCCGGAUUCAUUCCCCCUGGGCUCGGCGGCUUCAACGGCCCCCCCGGACCUGACUUCCCUGGUGGUCCCUUUGAAGGCCGCGGUAUGCCACCGCCCGGUAACGGCCGUGGUGCCGCCUUCGGUAGACCUUAA